AAGGGGUCGUCUCUGCCUCUCCUCCACGCCCUAGUUCCUCCUCCUCCCAGAAAUUUCUCUUCCCUCCUCGCUCUCGCUCCCUCCUUCGUUCCCUCCCUCUCUCUCUCUCUGCGUCUCUCCCCUAUUUUAGCUUCUGAACCCCGAAACUCCUAAUCGUGAACCCUAACCCUAGUCCCCCUUCCAUCAUUUCUCCAUUCUCUUGUCUGUCGCUCCUUGUUUCUCGUUCGCCACACCGGGUUCCCUUUCUCUGUCUUUCUCCAUCUGUGAUCGAAUCAGAUCGGAAUUGGAGGAGUUGGGUUGGAGGCACGUCGUCAAUUGCUGUCGUUCGCGAUAGGAUCGCGAAAGGUCGGAUGUUUUUGUUUUCCAAUCUUCGCUGUUUCUUUUUUGCCGGUUCGCCGGUGUGAUUCUUCUUUUACUCGUUCCCUUCGCUUUGUAUCUCGUUGUUUCGGUUUGGAGAGGAGGAAAAAAGGGGGAAAAUCGGUGAAAGGUUUGUGUCGAAUUUGAUAUACUUGCACAUAUAGAUCGUUGUUUCGUUUGGCUGUGGUUUGUUGACCAGAAAGAAAGAGAAAAAGGAAAUAGUUCUUUUUUUUUUUUGAGAGAGGCGGGGGUGUGGGAGGAGUAGUUUCCAUUUUUUUGCAAGAGAACCUGCUGACGAUUUUUUGGUGUUUUUAUAUUUUUUCCCGGACAUCCAAAAAAUUAGGUUUUCUUGUGGCUGAUCUUAUAGGGUUUGUGAAUCUCGCUGGGUUGGCGUAGUUAGGGUUUCUGUUUCUUUUAUUCUUUGGCCUUGGCGUGGGAUUUAGGUUUCGUCGCCGAGGGUUCUGCGAGAAAAAGUUGGGUGUUUUUUCUCUCGAGGAGGUUGUUCUUGGCGCGGAGGAUCGGAAGAGUUGUUCUUUAUCCCCCUUUGUUUCCCACUCAUCACAUCAUUCUCCAUCUUCGGCUCUUGUUUCUUCUUUUCCAUUCUUCCUCCUGGUGCACUCGAUCUCUGUUGUCGCAGAGGGUUGGCAUUCUAGGGUUUCAGAUACAGCAGAGGAAAGAGAGGGAGGGGGGAGAGAGAGGAAGGAAUCAAUCAUACAUUGGAGGAUGACUCUAAAUUUUCCUCCUCGUUCCCUGUUUUCCUCCAAUCGGGGCCCUGCUGCUGACGAUCUUUUUCCCUCGAUUUGGACUGCAAACGGUCUCCUUUCAUCGGAAAGGUACUACGGCGACUGCCACGGAAGAUUCGCGAAUCUAUUUCCUGGGGAAGCAAUGGAACCGGGAAAGGAGGUCAGCAAUCUUGCGAAUUACCUACACGAUGAUAUCCUUGACAUAUUGCCUUCCGAUCCAUUUGGGAUCGAAAGCUAUAAUUCUGGCUGUUCUAGCUGCUCGGCUUCGUCCGAGAUGGAUCACGAUGACGUCUUCUCCGACACCGAGAUUGAUUUCGAUCUUGAAGUUGCUGCUCUGACAGCGGUUUCCGGAUGGUUCGAGGAUUUGGAAGGGAAGUCCGACGGUGAUCUUGAAGGGCUUGUUAGAAUGGGAUCAAUGAUCUUUGGAGACGAUGGUCUUGAUGUCAUCGAAGGGGAUUAUCAGCUCUUCGCUGGUCUGAAUUUUCUUUGGGAUACUGCAGUUCGAUGCCAAUCCCCACCUGGGGGUUCUCCUGUUAAUGCACAUUCCCCCGCAUUUGGGAUGGGCGGACUGGCUUUUCCGGAGGAUUUCGUCGAUUAUGGUCGUGGCCUCAACUCAUUGGUAUCGCAAGGAAGGAAUGAGGGCUUGCUGGAUGACCAAUGCUGGAUAGAGAAUCUACCUAGUGAUUGCUGUAGGAUCACAGAGACGGAUGAAUGCAGUGCCGGUCCAUCUAAUAGUGAUGGUGGGUCUCCUCACGAGGCCAUUUAUUUUGCUUUGGGAUAUCUUGGCCUUCAGGAUCUAUUGUCGGUUGAUGGGGUUUGCAGAAGCCUCCAUCACGCUGUGCAGAGCGAUUCCCUUUUAUGGCGUCGAAUACAUGUGGGUCACCCACUGAGUAAGAGACUGACUGACGAUAUUCUAGUUCGUCUGACCGACAAAGCUCAAGGCAAUUUGCAGUGUUUGACUCUGGUUGAUUGCUUGGGGAUCACAGAUGCUGGUCUGAAACGCGUCCUGGAAAGAAAUCCAAGACUAACAAAGAUAAGCAUUCCAGGUUGCGCUCGAUUAACGGUUGAGGGAGUCAUCGAUAGCUUAAAGUCCUUCAAAUCUUUUACUGAUCAUGGACUGAAGCAGCUCAGGCUUGGUGAUCUGUAUGGUAUGACCCAUGAACAGUAUGAAGAAUUGUUACCACUGUUGGAUGUUGAUACUCGGGGAGCAAGUGAGGUUCUCAAACCUCAGUACUACCACCUUGGUUGUUCUCCUGUCUCCCAUGACGACGGCCGCAAGCUUGAUAUCGAGAUAUGCCCGAUUUGUGAGAAUGUGAGGCUUGUUUACGACUGCCCUGACGAGGGCUGUAACACGAAGCGACCUGCGGACAAAGCGUGUCGCGCAUGCACGUUCUGCAUUGCUCGUUGUGUGCAUUGUGGAAGGUGCGUGAAAGACGGCGAGUACGAGGAGACCUUCUCCCUGGAUCUCCUGUGCCCAAGUUGUUGGUGGCUGCUCUUUGAGUACGGACAAGAGGGUGACGAGGGUGAAGAGAAGCAGCAUAUGGUGGAGUCGUUCUACACCAAGCCAGGAGAGCUGAAGUGUAGCUGUUCGAUCUAUAUUGGUUAAAUCGACAAAACUUUUGUUUCUGGCGAUUGACAACGAAGUGGAUUUCCCCAGGGUCCGUUCCAACCGUUGCGUGUCUAUCUGCCGUGCAGGUCUGUCAUCGUUGGAGCAGAGUGAAUACAAAAAUGGAAAAAAUGGAAAAAACGAAAAACCAUAAAAAUGGGUAUACUGCGUUUCAAUAACUUGGUCGAAAAGUCAAGCGUUAUUUCCCCCCGUCGGAGUAUUGGCUAUGAAGAAUAAACUGAGUGUUGGUAUGUAAGAAAAUAGUAAUAUCUGCUGAUGGAGCAUGUUGGCACUUAUGUCUUUGUAAUAUACCGUCGACCUGUGAGGGUUUUGGGUGAAAGCACAUUAAGCGCAAUUGUUCCUGAUCUAGUCGAAAGGCGGAUGUGAAAAGCACAUUCCAGGUGUUCCCAGCUGGGCUUGUAGUCGUUGGAUUUUGAUUGUAUGCGGGUGUUGGUUCGUUGCGGAGGUCCUUGUUGGGGGUGGUACCUGCAUGCAAUUUGGCUUUGGCAGUCAUGGUUGCACGGUUACAGGUGUAGGUCGAAGCAUCUGUUUUUCUGGCAAGGCCUGCCAUUUGGCGAUUUUAGCGUAAAAAGCCUUUGCUGCAGACGCGUUGGUGUCAUCUCUGAGUGAGAGGCGCGCCUGUCAGGCGGCACAUUUUCUGGAUGGAUUUGGGGAGCAGGUGAUUGCAGGAGAGUGCUUAUGUGUCAAUGAAGUCCACUUGAAGGAUUGCUUAAUCAUCUCUUCUGCUGAAAGAUGAUCAGAGAGAAGGAGGUGCUGGAGGAGGACGAGAGGGAAGAUGGUUUUUCUGGUUCAGGUGGGAUUUUAUGUAAAUGACGCGUGUGGGUGUCAACUAAAUAAUGCAACGUAGGAUUUGGAUCCGAUUCAGGUUAUUGGAAUCGAGGGAGCCUGACUGCUGUAGCAUGACCAGCUUUUAUGCACAAAAGCUAUUCUCUUGCUGAUUGCAACGAUCGUACUGUGCGAAGCCUGUUUGUCCAAGUUUCAGAUUGUUGGAGUGGUUCCGAUGAGUGUUGCGUACCUAACCUGAAGCGGAUGCAGCCUGGUGUUUGUUUCUGUCCCGCUCAGUAUUAGUUUAUUCAAGUAGUUAUUUUUCAUGGCUUGUGUCUGUAGACAACUACGCUAUUUGGACGGCGAGCUGACAAAUUCGGCACACGGAACUACUGGAUUGAUAUAACGAGUUAAGGUCGAAUUUGUCGGUGUUAUACAGUGAUAAAAAUAAAUGUGAUUUGCAGUUUA